CGCUCUUCGCGUUCAUUUCAUUCCUCGUCUCAUUCCGAGCAUUCUUCGCAUCUCUGUCAGUACGAUUCACCUACAUCUUGUUUUCCGGCCCAGAGAAACUUGACAUAUCAUUAAAAAAACACCAAGUAACAUCACACUGGCAAAAAAGGGGGACAUAUUAGAUGAGAUAUCAAUAACGAGCCGGGAGUUGGAGCAUUUUGGGACCAUCUCGACGGAAGCCCAGCCCGGGGACUUGUUGCUUCAACACGCUCGACUUCGCGUUUUCCAGCUUGGGUCCAAGUUUUGAGUCUCACCCUAGUCUAGACCAAGCUUUGGCUUGGGCAUCCCUACCGCCACCAUUGAUCCCAGCAGCUGGAGCGGCAGCGAGAGCCCUGCCGAGGACAUGGAGAGGAUGAGCGACUCCGCAGACAAGCCGGUGGACAACGAUGCUGAAGGCGUGUGGAGUCCUGACAUAGAGCAGAGCUUCCAGGAGGCUUUAGCCAUCUAUCCUCCAUGUGGACGCCGGAAGAUCAUCUUGUCCGAUGAAGGAAAGAUGUAUGGCCGAAAUGAGCUGAUCGCCAGAUACAUAAAGCUUCGGACGGGGAAGACGAGGACUCGCAAGCAGGUGUCUAGUCACAUACAAGUCUUAGCAAGAAAGAAAGUUCGAGAAAUCCAAGCUGCCAUUAAGGUACGUCUGGCUUUGCCCAGUUGCAGGGGGCUUUUCAUUGCCAUGGUUACAGGCUCUUCCUUUGUUUUCCUCCCCUCCCCAACCCCCCAGGUGUCUAGUCACAUUCAGGUUCUUGCCAGAAGGAAAUCUCGUGAGUUUCAUUCCAAGCUAAAGGUGACGAGCAUGGACCAAGCUGUAAAGGACAAAGCCCUCCAGAGCAUGGCCUCCAUGUCUUCCGCUCAGAUUGUCUCCGCCACAGCGAUUCACAACAAGCUGGGCCUGCCAGGGAUCCCACGCCCGGCCUUUCCCGGAGCUGGGCUGUGGCAGGGAAUGAUAUCAGCUGGUCAGCCAGGAUCCUCGCAAGAUAUCAAGCCUUUCUCCCAGCAAGCGUACCCCAUCCAACCAGCAGUCACCACCACCACCAUCACAAGCUACGAGCCCACAGCAGCCGCCACGCCAACAGCACCGGCCUGGCAGGGCCGCUCCAUCGGAACAUCAAAACUUAGACUCGUGGAGUUCUCUGCUUUUCUGGAGCAGCAAAGAGACCCAGACUCGUACAACAAGCAUCUAUUUGUGCACAUCGGACAAACGAAUCACUCCUACAGCGACGCUCUGCUGGAGUCGGUAGAUAUUCGACAGAUCUAUGACAAAUUCCCAGAAAAGAAAGGAGGACUGAAGGAGCUGUACGGAAAAGGCCCCCAGAAUUCUUUCUUCUUAAUAAAGUUUUGGGCGGACUUAAACUGCAACAUUCAGGAAGAAUCCGGAUCCUUUUACGGCGUCACCAGUCAAUACGAGAGUUCGGAGAACAUGACCAUCACAUGCUCCACUAAAGUCUGCUCCUUUGGAAAGCAGGUGGUGGAGAAGGUUGAGACCGAAUACGCUCGCUUCGAGAACGGACGUUUCGUCUACAGGAUAAGCAGAUCCCCCAUGUGUGAAUACAUGAUCAACUUCAUCCAUAAGCUAAAGCAUCUGCCAGAGAAGUACAUGAUGAACAGCGUGUUGGAGAACUUCACCAUCUUGUUGGUGGUGACCAACAGGGACACGCAGGAGACGCUGCUGUGCAUGGCCUGUGUGUUCGAGGUGUCCAACAGUGAGCACGGAGCGCAGCACCACAUCUACAGACUGGUAAAAGAAUGAGAGGAUCCAAACUCGCAUAAACUCUCCAACCUCAAAGUGGCAGUGCCUCCAACACAAACUCCCACCCGCGACGUAUUUGUGUCAGUUUGAAUCUGUAACUAGAAGAUUUUGUACGUGAGUGUUCGCCUGACUGCAGCUGCGGCACAGUUGCUGUUGUUGUUUCCAUGUGGGUCGGUCUCUGUGGGGUGUACCUGUGGCUGUAGCGAGAGAAUUCCCCCAGUUCUUUUUUUUUAAUUCUAAACAAACCACAGUGAGCUGUUUAGUUGUGUUGAAAAAGUCAGAUCCUGAUGUGGUCUCACAUCUCUCAGUUUGCACAUGCAGCCAUUAAAAUUCCCAAAGAAACCAAUUGAACAGUAAAGUAGCUGAGAUCAAGUCGCCAUCAUCGUCCUUGUUCCACGUUUGCUUUCAGUGAUUUUGUUGCUCGAAGGCCCGACACAGUGUCACGCCGGGACUCGCCAACAUGUGCGGUAUCUCUGCCGGCUCACAAACACCACAGCGCUGAGACAAUCAUGCUUGCGGUGAGAAUGACAACACUUCCGUGUGCCAUUCAAAGCCCUGGAGAAAAAUGUAAACAACUGUCACACAAGCUGCCAAACUGGAGGCCUGCAGGCCACACGAAGCACAUGGCCCUCAGACAGUUAGCAUUCCUUAGUGUGAAUGACCCACCUGUAUCUAUCACAGGCCAGAACUGCAGCCCCAUAACAAACUGCGACAACUCAAGUUCCAUAAAAGCCAAAAGUUUGAAUCGCGGAUUUAUUGGUUAGUUCACUCUCUCAAAUGUCAUGGGUUCGAAUCCCACUGUGGACCCGCGGUUGCCAUGAGAUGGUUCUUUUCAAGACUCUCUGGACAGAAGUGUGAUGUGGUUUAAGUGAAACUAUGUUGGACACACUAGAAAAUGGUCAAACUAAACAUGUACUGGCUGUUAUGUGUCACCAGUGUCCAUAACAACCACACACACACACACACACACACACACACCCCUCCCGUGGUCAGGGGCUCCCAGUUUACAUAUGUUGAGAAACACACUAACAGGAAGUGAAUCUUUGAAAACACUAGUGCCGAACGUCUCCUCUCUCCAUCAGUACUUGGGAGAGAUUUUCACAUUUCAGGCAGAGCUGCUUCAAACACUCCUCCUUUUCAGAGGCACUUUUCUAUUGUCGAAUGUUCUGUGGUAGGAAUCAACAGUGAGAGUCCCAGCUCCUCCUCUCGGGGAUCACAGGCUGCCUUUGUGUGUCCGCGUGGCCUGAACCCACAGUCGGCCUUAAACCCCUGACCUGCCUCUCUGGUCAGAAGUGUGUGCACGGUGAGACGAGGUCACUGUGCAACCCGCCAAAGUUGGAGAGCCUGCUGCCUUAGAGUGCAUCCACAUCCGAGUCUGUGGCGGCCAUCUUCACUUCAGGUGGAGCUACAGUUGGGCCAUUAUAAGACACAGGCAGUCAGCGGCACAAAUAAUAAUAACAAUGACACCCUUUAAAGAGAACCUCUUGGUCUCUGGCUCCUCCCACUCUAGCUCCACACUACAGCAGUUGUAAUAUUUCUCAGGUGAGCGCGACUGGCUGGUGGACAACAUGACAUCAGUGGUGCCCGACAGAAGCAAAUCCCUCAUAUAAACAUGGUAGAGAACGGAAAAGAAGCAAUGAUACGUUUGACUGGCAUCAGCCGUCACUUUUCAAGAGGGUCUAAUGUGUUCUCUCUACCUCGCCCUGUUUCAUGUCAAACGUCUUUUUCACUCUUUAUUUUCAGACAAAAACAAAUAAGUCAUUGAGGUCUGACAUUGUUUUCAUUAAAACAAUGUGCCAGCGCUUUUCAGUUCAAUUUUACGCUUUAUUUCAUGAGAAAUCCUCAUGAUUCAGUGUUUAUGCAACUUAAUCUCAUCUUUCUGUCUGGUUUAGUGACAAUAAUUGAGAUCAGGGCGUCGACAAGGACUGUCAUUCGUGUUUGCUUCUUCCCUCAACAGGGAGUGAUUGGGGGAAGCGCCACUCACACACACACACACGUGUUUUUCUGUCCUUGUGGGGACAUUGUGAGGUUUCUCAUUGCCAUGACCCUUUCCCCAGCCUCUCCCCCUAAACCUAACCAUGUAAAACAAAUGGCUAAACUUAACCUUAAAAACUGAUAAUAAGGUAUUUUGUAGUUUUAACCCUUAGAAUGAGACUUGACAAAGGCAGGACCAGCCAAAAUGUCCUCACUCUGUUCAUUCAAAGCACAUACCGGUUCUCACAAAGAUAGAAGUACAAGAACACACACGCACACACUCCGAGACUUGGUGAAACAAAAGUGAUUUGUCCUCAUAAAACACUAAAAGACACUGAAGUUCUGUUGAAGUCUGACUGUCUGAAUCUCGGGCCUGUAUGUUGUUCACCGUUGCCACACCAAUAUACAUAUAUAUAUACAGUACAUAUUUAUCGUCUGUGAGCGUUCAGUGUAAAGCACACGUUACUGCCUUGUCCUGAUCCGAAAUACCAAAAGAAGUUGACACCGUGGAUCUGUUUUCCUGCCCAGCAGCAAGAAAGUGCCUUCGAUUUGAACGUCCUACUGAUCAAACCACCGACUCGAUUUACAGUUGACUGACCAAAAAUGAAGUGAAACCAAUCACCACUUUGCCUUGUUAAAGGAUUGUGCAGAACAUUUGUCAUCUUUUUUUUCUUUUUUUUUGUUCAAAGAUUCAGAUUUGCUGUGAUGAUGUAACGGUCGUCUGCGCAGUCAAACCCUGCAGUCGUCUGCUGUCUGCGUUCACUUGCAGGUUCAAGUGCUCAAGAGCUAGAUUCAGUUAAAAAGAAAGAAAAAAGACCAGAAUCGACUCCUGGAUUUACAGAUGUGAGGAUUUAAACACGAGGCAUCUCUUCUGUUCUUCAACGCUUCACACGACUCCUUAAAGUUUCAGUAUUUAGUGGCAGUCCUGCGGACCAGCUUGCUCUUUACUUGUUCCUGUGUCUGUUGGCAUGAAUUGGCGACAUCGUGAACCUUUUCCUUGUUGUGUUUGGUGAUGUAUUUUGUUAAUGAUAAUCAUGUUACUGCUGGUUCAUCGUGACGUGUCGUUUUAACACAUGAAAAUAUAAACAGCGGGACUGAAGCCUUUGAAUGUUCGAGUCAUAAGUCACACUACCAUCUGCUUCUUUUUGGGUUCUUUUCCCACUUGUAUAUUUAGGUACUGGUACCUUCUUGUUUGAUAACCAGGCUGUGUUUUCCCAUCAUGCUCCUUCUCCUCCCGUCUGUGUGCUGACUUCCGUGUUAAGAGGUGCUUUGUACCACGUGAUAUCUUGGCUUAUAUGUUGGGACAGAUGUGUCAUAUCUUUUCAGAAAGAUCUCUGCUGUGUUUGUGUUUUUUUUCGCUCUGUAACUUUAUGAUGCCUUCAUCACUAUAGUUGAUAUUUUGUAGCUUUCUAGAUACUUUGUAUGUACGCAAUAUUAAAAAGAAAUAC